AUGGCUUGGUCACUCGUUAUGGUCCGCAAAUCAAUUGCCAACGCAAGGGGUUAACCUCUUACGCUGGAAUGAUGUGCCACGCACGUUUGAGAAUUUUUUGUCCCAAAAUUGCUAUAUUUUCUCAGUUUUAAGGUUAUAUUUGAAUAUAACCUAGAAAAAACGAAUAAUAAAUUUAUUACUUCUUAGUAAUAAUUUCAAUCCAGCAAUAUUAUACCGACGAGUUCGAAAAGAAAACGACGAAUUAUUGUGUACGGUUUGGUCACUCGUUAUGGUCCGCAAAUCAAUUGCCAACGCAAAGGUUAAUUACAUACGGGGCUGAAAGUGAUUGCGUGAAAGUUCCAACCAUUUUACAUGCUAGGUCGUGUAAAACGUCGGAUUCUUACGUGGAAAGUUCAUUCUUCAAAGUACACAGAACU